AUCUCCUUUCACUCGCAAAACUUAGGCUUCUAUUGAACUUCGGCCUAACCUUCUUCUUCUUCUUCUUAAAGGAAACCACCUAGCCAUGGAGGGUCUGCCACCAGGCUAUCGUUUCUACCCAACAGAGGAAGAGCUGAUUACGUUCUAUCUUUAUAACAAGCUUGAAGGAAAGAGAGAGGAUUUGGAGCACGUCAUACCAGUCGUGGACAUUUACAAGCUCGAUCCAUGGCAACUCCCAAAGCUUGCAGGAGCAUUGUGCCUUGGAGACCCAGAGCAGUGGUUUUUCUUCAUUCCUAGACAAGAGCGAGAAUCCCGUGGAGGGAGACCAACUCGAACAACGAGUUCUGGAUACUGGAAAGCCACCGGCUCUCCUGGUUACGUCUACUCUUCCAAUUAUCAGGUUAUCGGCGUCAAGAAAACCAUGGUUUUCUACAGAGGCAAAGCACCUUCUGGAUGCAAAACCAAAUGGAAGAUGAACGAGUACAGAGCCAUCCAUGGAGAAGCUACCUCAUCCAACAGUGCAACUCCAGUGUUAAGGAACGAAUUCAGUCUGUGUCGAGUUUACGUGAAAUCAGGUUGCUUGAGAUCUUUCGAUCGACGUCCUUUGGAAGGUACGACAAGCAACAACCAGAUGCAGCAAUCUCAUGCGGAUAGGGAGACAACAUCCCAUCAGACACCUCCAAAUGUGGAGAAAAACAGCUCCCAUGAGAUCUUGCCCUCAGGCGACCAUGCUCAUACCUCCAUACUCGGAGAAGCUAUAAACUGGAUGAUGUUUGACGGUUCCACCCAUCUGUGGGAAUGGGAUCAAUUGUUCUUGGACUUGGGAAAAUGAAAAAGAAAAAGGUCUGUAUCCUUAGAAGUGAAAUUGACAGACUACUGGAGUUAGUUAUAUUGGCAGAAAUAUGUAGGCCUUAUUAGCUAAACAAUUUAGCAGCGUCUAUAAGAAAGAA